UUUCGACAAGCUGGCAGCACUAUAAACAUAAUUGCAAUAAGAAUUUUAUAUUCCUCCAGGAAAAUAAACAAAUUGUAAAAAUUCUGCGUAAAAUCAAAGUUGCAUUGCAUCUAAAGAAGCGCCGAUCGAAGCACAAGCCACUAGAGCAACAGGCACAGCCACAGCAGCAGCAACAACGCCACCAUCGCUGUAACCAAGACGACGACGGCGACGCCAGCUGCAGCCAGAUGGAAAGCAAUUUGAAUAGAAUGAUAAACCAAACGCUGCGUCAUCCGCUCAGCGGGCAGCUAAGCAAAUAUACAAAUGUAAUGAAGGGCUGGCAAUACCGUUGGUUCACUGUGGACGCCAAGACAGGCUAUUUGAGUUACUAUUUAUGCGACUCGUCGGCUGUGGGUGACGACAUUGCGCCCUCGCCCCAUGUGCUGGCCAACACUCCGCGGGGCCAGGUGCAGCUGGCCGGCGCAGUUGUCUAUCCCAGCGACGAGGAUUCACGCACCUUUUCCAUUGCCUGUGCUUCGGGAGACACGGUGAAGCUGCGCGCCAGUGAUGCACGUGCUCGCCAGGAAUGGGUCGAUGGACUGCGCGCCGUCGUCGAGAGCCACACACAGGCCAUGGACAUAAGCAACUCAUCGCCAUUGCCGGCACGCGAACUGCUGGCCGCUUCGGAUGCAAUGGUCGCCGCUCGUCAGGCUCUAUUCCUCACCGAACAGUGCAACGCUUCUUUGGCACGCGCCAUUGAAAACAUUGACUGUGCUUCCUUUUCGCCCACGGAUCCGGACCUAUUGCUGCUGAAGGCCAUCUCAACGGCCAGCACACAGUGUCUGCAUCAAUGCCUUGGCCUGCUGCAGCGUCACCAGGAGAUCAAUCAGCCCCCACUGGAGGAGGUGACGCCGCCAAGUAUUAGUUUGGCUCUGCAGUAGCAAAUCUAUGUUAAUUUCUCUUUUGUUUUGUUAUCAAAAAGCAAUAAAAAUAAAAUACUGUAAAUACUAAA